AUGGAUGCUGAGAACCUCACCUCAAUCACAGAAUUCAUCUUGGUGGGACUCUCCAGUCAACAAAAGACUCAGCUUCUACUCUUCGUCAUCAUCCUUCUCACCUACUCACUUACCAUCAUGGGCAACCUGGCGGUCAUCCUGCUGGUGUGGUUUGACACCCGCCUCCAAACGCCCAUGUACUACUUCCUCAUGCACCUCUCCGGCCUAGAGAUCUGCUACGUCACCAGCACGGAGCCACAGAUGCUGGCUCACCUCCUGGCUGGGAACGGAGUCAUCUCCUACAUCCACUGUGCUGCCCAGCUGUUUUGCUACUUGCUUUUUGGUGCUGCUGAAUGCCUUUUGCUGGCUGUCAUGGCCUAUGACCGUUACCUGGCCAUUUGCCAGCCUCUGCUGUAUCCUGUUGCCAUGGACAAGUGGCGUCAGACGCACCUUGCAUCCAGUUGCUGGGCAGCGGGCUUUCUUUUUGGUGCAAUAUAUGUGGGAUGUACCUUUCAUCACUCCUACUGUGGUCCCAACCAUAUCAACCACUUCAUGUGUGAGAUGCCGUUAAUCUUGAAACUUGCCUGUGAUGAUACCCACAUCACUCAGACCAUAAUUUUUGUACUGGCGGGGGUAGGCCUCCUUAUUCCUAUUUCUGUUGUUCUGACCUCCUAUGUGGUCAUUCUGCUCUCCGUGUUACAAAUACGGUCAGUCACUGGAAUGAGUAAAGCCUUCUCCACAUGCGCUUCCCACCUCAUCGUAGUGACCGUGUUCUACGGAACUGUUGUUUUUACGUACGUGAUUCCCCGGUCAGUGACUUCCUCAGACCGUGACAAAAAAAUGGCCUUGUUUUAUGUGGUGGUCACCCCUUUCCUCAACCCGAUCAUUUACACCCUGAGGAACAAGGAUGUGCAUGAGGCAGUGGCCAGAGUGCUGCAAAGGUGGCUUUGA